AUGGCGGAGGUUCUGGUGGUCCAUGUUCUCAUGCCCAUCGCCAGCCACGUCCCGGAGAUCUUAUGGCAACUUCGGGAUCAGGCGGUGGGGCCCAGUCCCAUCCCUGAGCUGCUUCCCUACGUCGACGUGAUCAUGCAACGUCUCAGGACCAAGCUGGGACGUCUGCAGCUCCAAGACGCGAAGCAGGCCUUGAGCCAUGAGGACGAGUAUGAGGAGCCCCCUGAGCUCUCGCCGCGGGGCGUCGGACGCAGGCGUGCUUCGGAUCUGGGCCCUGUGAACGUGGAGACCACGCCCAACUUGCCCACAGAGCUCCUGCGUGUGGCCAUGACCCGGCGCUUCUCUGAAGCCUCGCUGUGCAGCGACCUGCCGCCUUUGUCGGAGCUUUGGGGCGGCGAGAGAUCCCAGGACGGCACCUGGCCCCGCGCGCUGGAGGAGGCGGAGGCGCGCUGCAGGCGCUUGCUGGCGGCUUUGGGGCAGGACUUCUUUUCAGGCAUCCAUUUCGUGCCACGCUUCCAGCGGCUGAUCGAGAUGCCCUUCGAGCACUACCAUUUCUGGGAGCAAGUGCUGGAGAGCGAAAGCGAGGAGCUGAUGGCGCAGUGGAAAGCGAGCUCCAUGGCUUUGGGCACAGUGGCUUAUGGCCUGCUGGGGGACAGCUCGUUGUACCUGAAGCGCGGCAACGGCAAGAAGUCCCAGAUCAAAGGCGACCUUGAAUACGAGCUCCAGCAGACUCUGGUACUUCAGUAUUCCAGCGGCGGCGGAGUGAAGGAAUUUCUGCGAAUGCUGCGAUCCGGCUACCGCUAUGAGGUGCUGGGUAUCUCCUACUUCGGCAACGAGCACACGUUGCUUCCCUUGGACCCUGAGGAGCACUUUCCCUGGUGGCUUCAGCUCUUCGAGGAGCUGCGACUACGCUGCGAGCGCGUGAUCUUCUUCAUGGGGGGCGUGUCCACAAAGUAUGGGUACUCCAACUUCUACGACGAGAGCCUGGCGGCGAUCCGCUGCUGGAUCACUGGAGCGGGCUUUGCAGUUCGCACAGACUUCGACCAGGUGCUCUCUUGGCCUUUGGCCUCGGAUGGUCUGCACUUCUCCGCGGACGCCAAAGCUCAGAUCGUCGCCUACUUUCGAGAUCUCCUGCUGCAGGCCCCGGCCAUUGCGGAGCCGCAGCUGGCGUACGAACCGCUGGAAGAUCUCCCGGCAGCUGAGUGUGCUUCUCAGUCAGCAGCGGAAGAUGUGGAGGAGGAGGCCGCGGUCAAAGCGCGAGCUAAACGGUGGCAAAGGAGAACGGAGCCAUGUGAAGCAGAGAUGGAGAUUGUUUGGCCUGAUCUUCUCUCCCUUCGGCUUCCCGACGAUGGAUCCGCGGAUGUGGCCGACGCCGUGGUGGCGUCCUUUGUCUCGGGGGCGUACCGCGAGAUUAUUGCGGCGCUGGUGGACAUGCGGGAGGGAGCUUUGUGCGACGUCAGUUGCAGCCUCAGCCCGGAUGGCCGUUGGGUGCUUUGCCGCGAGCUGGCCAAGAAAUGCCUCGAGGAAGACGACGACGACGCCCUGGAGCGGUUUGAGUUGCUGAUGGAGCACAGGCUGCCAGGCUUUGUCGAGCUCGUCCACCGGGCGGUGCGCCGGCGCUGGAAACAGGAGGUGCCGCCCUUGCCGUCCUGCGCAGUGCUGGUCUGUGGGCGGCUGCGCUGCCGCGACGGCGACGCACAGUGCAACGCGGUGCAGCGAGUGUUGCGGAUCUGCGAGUUCGGCUUCUCUGCGGCCGACUUCGCGCCGGCCUCCGUUUCGAGGGAUGGCGCGGCCGGAAUCCGCUACCGCAGCGAGAGCUUCCGUAGCGCGACCUUCAUGCUGCUAGAUCCAGACGAGAUUGACUGCCCCAUCAGCUACAUUUCGCCAGGUUUGGAGGACCUCAUGGGCUACUGGCGAGCCUGGGCUUUGGGCCGGCACUUCCGGUUCCUGCUUCUGCCGGACGCCCUGCCGAACCGGGUCUUCAACGGCACGGAGAGCGCGCGGAUCGAGGACUUCUGCUACAACCAGGGCAAAGAUCAGCCCUUGGGCGCCCCAGAGCCGGCGAGUCACCUGCUGAGCUUGUUGCAGCUCCACUCCGACGCGCCGCUCUGGUGCUGCCUCUACCUGCGCCACGUCUGGCUGCAGGACCCUGCGGUGGAUCACAAGAUCGACUUCAGCGUGAAGCACUUCAUCUUCGUGGCGGUGCUGCCGCUGCACACGCAGAUGCCAGCGCUGCAGGACCUGCUGCAGGACGCCCUGGAGACCAAUCUGCAGCUCACCGCGCGUCUGCGACAGCUGCUGCUGGAAAAGACGCCUCCCAACGUGGCACUUACGGAGAAGCAAGCGGUGUCUAUUCUGGACACCGUGAUUCCGGCCUGGCUUUUGGAGAGCGGGCGAGGGGUGCCGAGCUGCAUGGUGGGCCACCACUUCGUGCCGCGACUCGGCCUGGCGGCUCUCCGGGACUUUCGUGGCCUCUGGCCCCGCAUCGAUACAACUGCAGCGCAGGAGGUGCCGGAGAAUCUGGUGGUGGCCGCUGACCGCCUUGUGGACGUCUCCAGCUACUUCAACGGCGGCAAGGUGUGGCGCCAGAGAAGCAGAAGCUACAGGUGCUGCAAGAGCCACGCCAACGAGCUGGGCGUGAUCAAGUCUGAGCAGGACCCGAAUGCCUCGGUCCUGCCCGGCUGCAAGGGCCUGGCGGGCAUGAGCUUCAAGAGCUUCGUCCACUACUCGCUGCCGAAGUGUGUGGUUGCCAAGAGCGGCUUGCCGCUGUCGCUGGCGUCUUUGAACUUUCCGCAGACACAGCUGGUGGGGACGCUGGUGGAUGUCUCCGACGUGCUGCUCAGGGGGAGGAACCGGAUCCGCCUGCCGAGCGGACAGGUUUGGCGCUGCUGCACGGCCAAGGGGGGCAAGCACUCCUUCCUGGUGGAGCAGAAGGGGAACAUCAUGGACGACACACCCUUCGAGGCACUGCAGAAUCACUUCGGCGUGUUCUCCAACAACAAGUGCGGAGGUCUGAUGGGCUACGGGUACCACAGCUGGAACAAGUGGCCCGGGAACCGCUGCCUCGUGCUGUCCUCAGACGUCCCGCUGGAGGCCCAAAACCUCUUGGGCUGGACCAAAACGGCGGAGCUCACCACUCAGCAGCCGGCGCAUGUCGCUGCCACCACGCGAACGCCCAGCAGCACCACCGGAGAGACCGCUGAGGCAGCAGAGAGCUCCCCUGAGUCGGCUGAGGUGCCCCAGCCGCCGAAGCCGGAGGUGAUUCUGGAGCCGGCGGCGGUGGUGCCCAAGCCAGUUGUCAAGAACUCGGCGCCGAUCAUUCCGAGCACUACAGUGCCCACACUGUACCAGGAGUCCAUCACCGACGCGGACAACACGCUGGACUUCGAGGUGGAGACGGAGACGUCGACGAAGGCGCCCUCCAGCACGUGGAAGUUGGCCGUGAGGAUCGUGGACGCCACCAGCGCGAGCACCGUGGGCUCCGCGAAGCUGCAGCUGUUGAAGGCCGACAGAAGUUUGCUCUUUGAGGCGGACACCACUGAGGUGGGCGUUGCCACGUUCCAUGUGCCCAAGACCGAGGAGGUGGUGAUCAUCGAUUCAUCCAAGACCUCUGGCUACAGCCCCAUGACGCGCAAGUACAAAUGGAAAUCGUCGUGCCGCGGUCGGGACGAAUGCCUCACGCAGUGCGCGCUCAGCCCCACCUUCAGGUGA